AUGUUGACUUUAACACCAGUAGCCUUAAGGUUAGAAAUUGCGCAAGGAGCUUCAUUUAUCAGGCUUUUUGCAGAUCGUGAAGAGUUUAAAGGUAAUUUUUGGGUUAAUAUAGCUUCUGUUGUUUACUUUUAAUAUUUACUAAAAUUAACGCUUUAAAUUUAGGUUCAAAAAGAGGACCAACAAAAUCGGGCUCGUUUACUAUGUUUCCAAGAAAGAACAACUUGCCGCGACCGUCAGCUACGCUUUAUGAAGAUGAGGCUACUCCUCCACCUAACGUUUCUGAUGUCCGUCCUACGCAACGACAAUGUUUUGGAAGAAGAACGUAUUCUGAAGUUGUCGUAGAAACUUUGAAGCACAGGUAGAAUUGUAUUUUAUUAUCUUAUGUUUUUAGUGACGAGCGUGCUUCUGUUCAACCAUCUACAUCAAGAUCGUCAGUUAGGAGUAAAACCUCUUCUCUCAUGGAAAGUGGUAAGAAAUAGUCUUGUAAUUCAUUAUUUUAUUUGGUUUUUAGGAGUUGAAAAUUUGAGUUUUAAUUCUGGAAACCCUUUGGUAGAAAAGACGACUGGUAUAUUACACUUUUACAAGAACAAAUCUCCUCAUGAAGUCAUGAGAGACAACUGCUGGACUUUGUGCAUGAUGGAAGUUCCUGCCUAUGUGACUUCUUCUGAACUGAUAAAGUUUAUAUCGCCUGCCAAGGAGACGAUAAAGGAGAUUAAGAUAAUCAGAGAUGGAAUCCCGAAUCAAUAUUAUGUUCUAUUGAAGUUUAGGUCGUCGGUAUGUUUUGACAAAUACCUAAAGUAGGCUUAAUACUUAUUAUAAAUAUAAGUUUUAUUUAAUACGGUUCAGUUUUUUAUUUUUUUUUUGUUUUAGCAGUCUGCUUACGAUUUCUUCUGUGAGUAUAAUGGAGUUGUUUUCAACUCGUUCGAAACCUCAACAUGUAAUUUACUGUUUGUCGAACGGAUGGAAACGGUAAUAUUUUAAGUGUUAUUUAUAAUUCACAUCUACAAUAUUAUGUAUUUUAUUGGGAUUUUAUUUUCACAUUCCAGACGACAGAAGAGAGUGGAGGAAGUCUUCCUGUAGAUGAACUCACGGAGCUUCCCAUUUGUGCCGUUUGUUUAGAAAAAAUGGACGAUGGAGUUAUGACAAUCUUGUGCAAUCAUUCAUUCCACGCCGAAUGUUUACAACACUGGGAGGAUACGACGUGUCCGGUUUGUCGCUUUAACCAAACACCAGAGUUGUUACCUGAUCAAACUUGUUCAGAAUGUGGUAAAACAACUGAUCUCUGGAUGUGUUUGAUCUGUGGAAACAUUGGCUGUGGAAGAUACGCUUCUGCUCAUGCUUACAGGUAUUUCAGUUCAUUUAAACUUUCAACGUAUAUUGUCUUGUUUGUAACAGAACUAAUAUAGUGUUUCAGACAUUUUGAACAGACUUCUCACACUUUUACAUUGCAAUUGGGCGGAAACUUGGUUUGGGAUUAUGCUGGAGACAAUUACGUUCAUCGUCUCAUUCAGAGUUCGACUGAUGGCAAAAUGGUUGAGUUUCAAGGAGCUGAGGAAGUGAGUAAAGUUUAUUAUAACUUAACACUUAAUUUUUAGCAAAAAGGCACGGAAAAGAUGAAUGCAAUCCAGCUCGAAUAUUCUUGCCUUUUGAGUAGUCAAUUGGAAGAUCAACGAUUGUAUUUCGAAGGGAAAUUGAAAGAUAUGGAGGGCAGAUUCAACAUGUAUAAGGGAGAAUCAGAGGACAGGGUAUGUCAAACAGUUUAUUCAUUUUAGCAAUUACACACGAAACGAAAAACAUAUUUUGGCAUUAUUUGGUGCGUUUAAUAAUUGGAGAUGCCUUAUCUUUUCUUUUUAGUUAAAAACUCUGGAAAAAGUCGUUGCCGUUGCAAAUGCAGAUUUGGAGAAAACUAAACAGGAAAUGGCACAGCUUAUCACUGAAAAGGCACAUCUUGAGAAGAAGAUGGCAAAGUCAACACAAGUUAUCAGAAAGUUACAGUCAGAGCUAGAAGAAGAAAAACAGAUGGCGAGUAUGAUCAGACAAGACAAGGAGGUAUUGCUGAAGAAGAACAAGGAGUUAGAGCAGAUGAGAGCUACCGUAAGUUUUAUUAUGUAGUUUUAUUUUAAAGACUUUUUUGAUACUUUUAUUUAUUAAAUUUUUUAGGAAAUCAAAGCGUUGGAAGAACAGAUCAAUGAUUUAAUGAUGCAUUUCGAAGCUCAAACUAAAUUGGCAGAGCAAUUUAAAAAUGAAAAUGUGACUUCAGAAGAACUAGAAGGCAGCACCGUGCAGAUCUCGCAAUCAGAAAAGUCUUCUAAAAAGUCGAAGAGAAAGAAAUAA